AUGUGCAUGUGCGAAUUUAGUGAUAAAUAAUGUCAAGGCCAGUUAUUAUAACCACAAAUUUUAGUUUAAAAUGUCUAAUUGAUAUUGAAAUGACGUUAAUAAUUCAAAGUUUUAUGUUUUUGAACACAUAAAUUUUAACAUAUAGCUUAUUUUGCUCAAACUUGUAAAGUGCAGUUGUCGCUUCCGCAUCAUAACCUAUCAUCCGGACUAUCUAUGGACACACAAAACAAGCGCCUCAAACUGAGAAACGCAUGAAGUUCGCGUUGCGAAUCUGGCCGAUUGAUGUGAAAGAUAUUCCGAAGGCCGUGAGUGAACACGGAAAUCGAGAUGUGUGUGUGGUCAAAAAGACAGUGCAAGGUAGGGGUCGGGUGGCGUUUGUGAUGGCAAAAUUUUUGCAAAUGCACGUUCACUGACAUUAGCACCAACAAUGGACCAGCAAUUCUGCUUGCGCUGGAACAACCACCCUAACAAUCUGACCGAUGUGCUUGCGAGUCUUCUGCAAAGAGAGGCUCUCUGUGAUGUCACUCUCGCUUGUGAUGGAGAGACAGUCAAGGCACACCAGACAAUAUUAUCAGCAUGCUCACCAUAUUUUGAAAGCAUAUUCCUGCAAAAUUCGCAUCCACAUCCCAUUAUAUUCCUUAAAGAUGUACGAUUUGCAGAGAUGAAAUCGUUACUGGAUUUUAUGUAUAAGGGGGAAGUAAAUGUUGGCCAAAAUAUGCUACCAAUGUUCCUAAAAACUGCAGAAAGUUUACAAGUUAGAGGUUUGACAGAGAACAAUACAUUGAAUCCGAAGUCGGAAGAGCGAUCGACGCCAGUGGUGGGCGCGGAGAACCUAUCCCGCGCGGAGUUCGCGACGCCCCCCGCCGCGCACUGCGGUCCCCCCGUCGGACCCGCCCCGCCCCCCGCGCACCCCGCACACGCCCAGCACCCCUCCCAUCCCGCACAACACGUGCCGCUCGAGAAGAGGCGCAGGAAGAACUCCACUCUACCCAGAGACGAUAUCGACAACAAUCUCUACCGCCAUUAUGACGUUCCGGUGAAGAGCGGGAAAUGUUCCACGGGGUCUGGCUCGGAGCCGUCCACCCCGCCGCCCGCGCACACCCCGCACGGCGCACAGCGGCUCGGCACGAGGUCGCCGCUCGUCAAGCAGGAGCCGGACUCCCCCUACAUGCCGCAUGUGCCGCACCCGUCGCCCUUCGAGCAACAACACCUGCAGAACAUCGGAGUUACUGACAUGGCAUCGAUAUUGUCCCAGCCACCGAUCAAUAACGAUUGCAAUGAAAGUGAACCAUCGCUGCCGCCGCACCCAGACCAGACGGACACCAUUGACGGCUCUAAGGGCUGGCACAUGCGGCUGACGUUCGAGCGAGUGGCGGGCGGCCUCAACCUGCACCGGUGCAAGCUGUGCGGCAAGGUGGUGACGCACAUCCGCAACCACUAUCACGUGCACUUCCCCGGGCGCUUCGAGUGUCCGUUGUGCCGCGCCACGUACACGCGCUCGGACAACCUGCGCACGCACUGCAAGUUCAAGCACCCCGCGUACAAUCCGGACACGCGCAAGUUCGAGCCGCCCACGCCGCCCGCCGCCGCGCCUGCGCACGCGCCCCUGUUCGCGAACCACCUGGACGCGCCGUUCGACUGAUCGCGCGCGCCGCUCGGUCCCGCCGCCCUCGCGUCCGAACCGCUUCCUACUUAGGAUUAAGCUCAAGUGCUAUUACUUAAAACGGGCCUCUGUUGGCGCUCCUCGUUUUUAGUAUUGUCUCGGUUGUGCAUGUGACUUGCCCCGGUGUGAUCUUUUAUAAGGUUUCGCGUCAGGAAUUUACCUAUAAUAUUAUUGAUGUUACUGAAUCGAUGACUCGAAGCGUGUACGUAGGUAGAUAAUUUUUUUUUCUAUACCAAUCGCUAUACGGGAACGGGCAAAAGCAAUAAUAUGAAGUUAAUUUUAUUAUUACCAUAUUAUUUUUUUAUAUUGUAUCGAUAGGAAUCUUAAGAUAAAAAAAAUAACUAAUUUCGAGUAGCGGUGCGACCGUGAAGUGAUGUUGGCUAUUAACAGGGCCUCCGGAGUGAGCCCGCUCUUUCUUGUUAUAUAUUUAUUCGUUAGAUAGGAAAUUAUGAGUUUCCUGUAGCUAAUUAUAUUUAUUUUAUUAUUAAAUCCUAUGGGUGGAAUGGAAUUACAUCAGAGAAGGAUGUUGGGGACUGGCAAGAGAAUGUGAUCUGUCGUUAGUCAACGACAUAUAAAUAUUGACUGAAUCUCAGUGUAGAUGCAUUUUUAACUCUAUGAGGCCUUUGCAAGAUGGAUAAUUAUUAAGGAUUUGUGAUGUUUUAAAGGAUAGCGCCUAAGGAAACAUACGAAAAGAUUUUUUUAUACUAGACUAGUUGAUCUAUUUACAGAGAUUGUUUUUUUUUUUAAUUCUUAGAUUCUAUUGUCUGAUUCAAAAUACUUUUUUUUAUAUUUACAUAACCAUAUAUGAUUUAUUAGUGUUGUUUGUUUUGAUUGAUCAAUUAGUAACAUUGAUUUGAAUUAUAUUCAGUUAUCUAUUAAGUUAUGGAGUAAUCAAUGUUGAGAUGUUUUAUUAUUUUAUCGUUAGUAGUGUUUUAAUUGUAUAACGGGCCGCGGUCGGCGCGCCCACUCACGUGUGAUCGGUGCUCGGGGUCGAUGACCUCUUUCAAUCAAUUAAUUUAAGACGAAUAGAACGGAACGUUUCGAGGUUACGCAUUUAGUAACUAAUAUUGGCAUUCUACGAUUGGGACUAACCUAGCGUUUAUCUAAUUAUUAUUAUUUUUUUUAUUUUCGAUUUUAAUAUAUAAGAUUGUUACAAUUUUUAGCUAAACAUUUAGAGUGGUACGGUAACUGAAAUGUGAUAAAAUGGAAUGGUGCUAGAACCAAGAGUGUUAAGACGCUACGAUUCGACUUCUAUGAUAAAUAUUAAUAAAGUUUUAAAUGGUUAGUUACUUUACAUAAACGUAAGGCAGCUAACGUCCGGUCAAGGUCGCAUCAGUUCGGUCAACGAGUAAUCGAAGCGUGGUUCGUGACGAAGUAAAGAGAUUACAGUAUCACUCAAGUAAAAAAAAAAAAAUUAACUUCAUUUAUCGAUGGAUUUCAAAAUUACUAAUACCUUACUAGAAUUUUAAGCCAACAUAUUUGUGUGUAAAUCAGACCUUAUUGCCUACCAAAACGCAAACGUUCGUCGAGUACGUUAGGGUAACCGCAGAUCCGAAUAGUGAAUCCGUGAGCGUGUCUCAUAACAAAAAAAUCGGUUGUCGGUAAAGUCGGUUUACUGACGAUAGUUGAACGUGACAAUGUCAUAAGAAAAUACACCUCAGAGCGAGGUAACGCCGCAUGGUCAUGUUUUUCGUGCGUGCAGCUGGCUCCAUCGAAUUAUAAGACGUUGUCACGUCAAAACCGUUAUGACGUCAUCGCUGUCGAGUAGCUGUGAAAAUGCAAUUCCACUUGUGCAAUUUAAUCAAAUAGUCAUAACUCAUAGCUAGAUUAAACAAUUGUCUAUUGAAUAUAGGGGCCCACCCAAAGUAGUAGGAAAGGAGCUCGCGUGUCCCCACAUACAAUCAUAAAUAUAGUCACCAAAACAUAUUAUUACUUCCACAAAGAUUUUAUAUUUACUUUUAAGUAUAGCAAAGAUUUUUUAUAACUACCGUUCAUUAAUUAUUAUUGUGGGCGCUUAUUAUUUGAUAGUUCAUUUCAUACUCAGUGCAAUAUUACUAGUUAUUUAAUUACGUAACCAAACUAAAGGAUAUUUUAAAAUAUAUUAAUGAUAUCAUUGAAAGAGAGUAACUACCUAUUUGUAUUUUAUAUAUAAUAUAUAUAUAAGUGAACUACUCCCUAACUUGUAUUUAGUGAAUCGCAGUUUGGGUUACGGUGAUGUACAGGUUUUAUAGCUGGUAAUAUUAAGGAAAUUAGCUUGUUUACCUCUGCCAAUCGUAAUAGUUGUGUACUGUUUAAUAAUUUAUUGUCGCGCAGUUAAAAGUAUAUUGUUGAAAUAGAUCAUAGCUAUCCGAUACGGGUCCGCCGUCCGGCGAGUCAAUCACUGUGCUGAUCUCCCGGUCUCUUUGCGCCGCGUUAAACGCUUCUUGCAUCUAAUCGUUAAUGCAUUUUAUAUAACUAUAAACACGAGACCAAUUUUUAAAUAUUGAAUUCGCUAUAUAUAGCGAAUCGAUUGAUUUAGUGUACCAUAAAAAAUAUUAAUUUAGAUAUUUUAGGUUAGGAUACUAUGAUAGUGUCUGGCCAGAAUAUUUUGGAGUAUCACAUCGUUUGGCUCAGAAAAUAUCUAACUUUGAUCUCUUUUCAGCUUUCAAAAAGUAUGCAACUUAACAAUUUGUAAAGAUGACCACGUUUGAACUUAAUGAAAGCUAACUUUAUGCCAUAUGGAAUUUAAACAUAAGGUUAACGAAUUACUAAAUUAGUCUUAUGAAAAAUGAGGUCUUUGUGGACCUAGUCACUUGUUUGGCCAAUCUAAUGAAUAUUCCAAUUUAUUGUAUAUUAAAAUUUACAAGCGGUAUCACAAGAUGUGACCAUUCGAAUUCAAUGGAGUGCAGGAUGAGCUCUGAGGUUAUUCAGGAUAGCAAUGGUCUAGUUAUGUUUAUUUGUUUCUUAUAACAUUAGAGAAUUUGUUAUAGCGUUAUAAUAUCACAAUAGUGUACCACUAAUAGGGAGGGGGUGUCAAAUCGUGUGCCUAACAACUCUCUUUUUGUUAUGUUAUUACAUGAAAUUUUAUGAACGAUUUGUUGUUUAUGAAUAUUUUGUUUUUUAAUUCCUUGGUUUGAUGCCUCCGUUAAAGUUUAUUUUAUAUGAUUUUGUUUUAUGCAAGCAGUUAAUGCAAUUUUAUUUUCACAUUGUUUGAUGUUAUGUAAUGCAAUUUUAACAUAUUGCAAACUCCUGCAUUUAUCUGUUGUAUUUAUUACUAAUUUUUUUUUUACAUUAAAUUGUGGUAUGUUACAAAA